AUGGUCCAGUAUUUCAUCAGGCGGUACUUCAAAAUCUCAGUGGUUAUCGUAUUCCUGUGGCUCUUCAUCACUCUGAAAAUCCCUGAGGAAACUGAAUAUGGCCAAAAUCUGGUGACUAUUAUUGGGAAAUUGGGUGGGAAUGUUAAGGACAGGCAAAUUGCCAAAGCGUGGUUGACAGUGGGGAUCACCUCAAGACAGGAUCGACGUGGCCUCUUGGACACAUUAGCUUCUCUGUAUCAUGCCUCUUCUGCAUCUGAGAAGGAACAGAUCAUAGUGCUAGUCCACCUGGCAGAUUCUGACUUUAUCUGGCUGAAAAAAACUGUUGCCCAUAUUUCAAGCCUCUAUAGCUCACAGAUUUUGGCAGGGCAAUUGCUACUGAUCCAUGCUCCAUUUGGUGCUUAUCUGACUGUGAAUGGUGUCCAGAAUGAGACCUACACUGGGCAGUUCUACUCAAAGCAGAAUAUAGAUCAUGCUUUCCUCAUGAGCUUUGCCACAAAGCUCUCUACUUAUUUCCUGUUAAUAGAGGACAAUGUUUUUUGUGCCCCCAGUUUUGUCACCGACAUUCACUCAAAAGUGACCACCAUGAAGUCCAACACAUGGGUGCUGCUGGAGAUCUCUAAUAUGGGCAUCCUUGGCAAACUCUUCCACAGCAGGGACCUUCCACUCCUGACCCAUUUCCUGCUUCUCUUCCACAAGGAGAGACCCCUCGACAAGCUGAUCCUUCAUUUCCGUACCCUCCUGGCCCAGCAAAACUCAAUCCUCUGCAGACCAUUCCUCUUCUACCACAAGCUAUCCCACUCCACCAGUAAUAAUAAGACCAAAAUAACUCAGGAAAAAAUCCCUUAUGGUCCUGAUACCCUCCCUGGCGCUGUUUUCACAAACAUGGAAGUCUCUGAUGUUCAUGUCCCCUGGGAGGCUAACAGUCUGAAUGACUUAUUCUUUUGGACCUACAAUGUUAAUUCAGAGAAUCACUUGACAGUGAUUUUGAACUGUCCAGCCAACGUGAGAAGAGUGCAAGUGAGAACAGGCUCCGUUGCAGAAGGAAAGUACAUCCUGGCAAAAGGACAGGUGGAGCUGGGCUACAAGCCUGAGGGGAUGCCUCAAAACUGUACCAGGUUUACCCUGCUGGGCUACCUCAUGCAAGGGCAGAUGGACCAGGAGAUCAUUCUGAAGAGCAUGAGGUACCAAGUGAGCUGCAUAAAGCUGGUAGUAAACGCUAAGCAGACUGGUGGUCUCAUGAUCAGGAAUAUCUACCUCUGGAAGGAAAAAAAAGUUGAUCAGAGUUGA